AUGGUUUAUGGAUUUGCUGCUCGUGUCCAUAACAAGGACAGAAAAUCGUUGAAACUUCCGGCAUUAUAUGGCGACUGGAUUAAAACAUUCAACUACCCGGAUAAGAAUGCUGUCAUCCGCACUGUCGAUGGGAUGAUUUUUAAAGUAAAAAUUAUUAAGAUUGCAUGCGACUACUUUCUGUAUAACGGGUGGCUUGAUAUGGUCACUUCUUUGAAGUUACCGUCAUCUGCCUGGGUGGUUUUCCAAUACGAAGAAGCUUUAUCUUCAUUUCGUGUCAUCUACUUUUAUCAAGACAUAAAUCUUGCGCCGUCUGAGUAUUUCUACUACCAACCUGGAAAUCCUUGGGACCGUGAUAACUGCAUGUAUGUGAGUAGGUUGUUUGUUGAUCACAAGAUGCUUUCAACUUGUCCAUAUUAUCCUGUUGUGGUACGUUCCUCUUGUAAUCGUAAAUGGUUCGUUCGUAUGGAUAUUUUUGACAAUGAUAUCUAUAUUACAACUGGUUGGAAUCGAAUCAAGAAGGAGAUGUCUAUUACUGAUCAUCAUUUGGUCGUUUUUGAAAUGCUUGAUUUGCAUACAUUUGAGAUGAGUGUUUUCUGUUGCAAACCCACCCUAUUAACUCUACCACCAGAACUUUGUGUUGUCAAAGAAGAACCUACAAAUGAGGUGAUUGAUAUUUCUGAUGAUGAUUUGCCUAAUCCCAUUCCGGUAGUUGGUGUUGAAGAGAGUACGGACGAUGAAGUACCGGUUGUAUUUCGCGUGGACAAUCAUUAUCGACUAAAAAAGAAGUGGGCACAAUUGCACGGUUUGGAUCGUAAGAGGGAUUUGAUUAUUAAGGACUCUGCUGGUUUGACUUGGGACGUGUCCAUUGGUGUCGAGCACUCUGAAGGAUAUCCGCGCUAUAACGUGACUGGUAUGAAGAAUUUUGUUCGAGACAAACAGUUAGUCAAAGGUUCCGAAUUUCAUAUGGUUUAUGUCAAAAGUAAAGGAUUACUUGCUAAAGAAAGAAGAAAAAUGCGCAAGCUCUAUCUUGAUAGCAAACGAUCGAAUUCAAAGAAACAAAGUACUGGUCCUUUUAGUAGAGGAUGCUCAAAAGUCGAUAAUCGGUCUCAGGUCAUCGACAAAGAGAAUUAUAAUCCAAAUAUUUCUUCAUCAUCUAAUAAUUUUCACACAGUGCGGAACUUGAAAUAUGUAACCACAUCAGCAUCAUCAAGUACCAUCACGACCAGUGGUCUUCCUUUGAAUAACGAAUUUACCACUUCUACAAGUACUCGGUUUUCUAUUGUUUCAAACAUUGUUACACAAACCAGUAACUCCAUUGGUCAAUCGUCCUCAACGUUAACAAAGCUGAAUUCCGGUAAACAAAAGCUUUUACCUAAGAAACGCCGUAUUGAUCCUAUUCCAAUGUUAGAUCUUACGUCUGAUGAUGAGAAUGUAGACUUUGCUCCCAUUCAAGACCCUUGUAAGGGUGUAUCGACAGAUUAUUUGGAUCACGGUAAUCAAAGCCUUAAAUGUGAGAUGUGUGAUUCAUUGUUAUGGACUGACGAAGGUGGUAAAGGGAGAAUUACAUUGGGUGGUUUGGUACCUGCACCUGGAAAACAACCAAAGUUCUCCCAGCUUUAUAUUUAUGACACUGAGAAUGAAGUUUCAAAUCGAAAUAAGUUGUUCAGUGACUCCACAAAUAAGUCCGACUUGCAUUUAAAGCAAAUAGAUCUUCAUCUCAUAAAGUUUUUAAAAGACUUCCUGGAUAAUAAUAAUCAGUUGGUUAAAAGUUACAGAAUAGCAAGAAACCACUUCAAUGAUAAUCCUAAUGAGAACUUCAAACUUCGUAUCAUUUACAAAAGAGAUCUUGAUGGUCGUACUUACAACUUGCCUUCAUCUUCUGAAGUUGCUGCAUUGAUUGUUGGUGGUAUCCAACAAAUAGUUGACCAUCGUGAUAUUGUUGUUGAGUCUCACACGGAAGGUCUUCAACGAAUAAGUGAACUUCAUCCAUCAUAUCUUGCACUUCAGUAUCCAAUUCUUUUUCCCAAUGGUGAUGACGGAUAUAGAAUAGACAUUCCUCAUAGGGAUGGUAUAAGUACUUUAAAGAAAAUUAGUCCCAAGUGUACAAUGAGAGAAUUCUUUGCUUAUAGAAUCCAAGAUCGAUCAACUUCAUUUUCGCUAAUAUUAAAUGCCCGCAGAUUGUUCCAGCAAUUUUUGGUUGAUGCAUAUACCAUGAUCGAGAGUGAAAGACUUAAUUAUAUCCGUUUUCAACAAAAACAUCUUAGGUCUGAAUCAUACACAAAUCUUCAGAAAUUUAAGAAUGAAGGAAAAGAGGAUCUAUCUAAUACUGGGGUACGGUUAGUACUACCAUCAUCUUUUACUGGUGGGUCUCGGUAUAUGCAGCAAAAUUAUCUAGAUGCUAUGGCUAUUUGCAAAUGGUUCGGGUAUCCUGAUUUUUUCAUUACGGUGACAUGUAAUCCUAAGUGGCCAGAGAUUAUCCGAUACCUUCGAAAUACUUCUAUUAAGCAAGAGGACAGACCAGAUAUUAUGUGUCGUUUGUUUAAGAUGAAACUGGAUUCAAUUAUAAAGGAUUUGAAGGACAAGAAAGUGUUUGGAGCACUAAGUGCAGCGGUUUAUACUGUUGAAUUUCAAAAGCGUGGAUUGCCACAUGCUCACAUUUGUAUUUUUUUGAAACCUGAAUCCAAGCUUCUCUCCGUUGAUCACGUAGACAAAUUCAUAUCUGCUGAGAUACCAGAUAAGAUUCAAGAUCCCGCUCUUUAUGCUCUUGUAUCCGAGUUUAUGAUUCAUGGUCCAUGUGGAAAUGCAAAUCCCAAUUGUCCUUGUAUGGUUGAUAAUAGAUGUUCAAAAAAAUUUCCAAAAAAAUUCAUUAAUGAAACAAUUACCGAUGCUGAAGGUUUCCCUGUAUACAGAAGAAGAGAUAAUGGAAACACCAUUAUCAAGUCCAAAGUUCAAUUGGACAACAGAAGUGUCGUUCCAUAUAAUCCGCUUCUUUUGAAAAGAUACCAAGCUCACAUUAAUGUAGAAUGGUGCAAUCAAGCGGGUUCUAUCAAAUAUUUGUUUAAGUACAUUAAUAAAGGUCCAGACAAAGCAUCGCUUGUGGUGUCAAAUGGAGACGGUACAGAUAACGAACAAACAGCAAAGGAUGAGAUCAAAGCUUAUUAUGAUUGUAGGUACGUUUCCGCUUGUGAAGCUUCUUGGAGAAUAUUUGCAAAUGAAGUUCACUAUAGGUUUCCUCCAGUUAUGAGGCUUCCUUUUCAUAUGGAAGGUCAACAAAAUGUUGUUUUUGGUGCCGAAGACGAUAUUGAAGAAGUGUUGGACAAGCCAUCAGUCUCUUCAUCCAUUUUUUUAAAGUGGAUGGAGAUGAACAUAAAUAAUGAGGAAGCACGGAAGCUUACGUAUGUUGAGUUUCCUACAAAAUUCUGUUGGAAACUAAAAGAUAGAAAUUGGGCAGAACGUAAAAGAAAAUUAUUACAGAUUGGACGCAUUCAUUCUGUUUCCCCUGCUUUGGGUGAACCAUAUUUUCUUAGAAUUCUUUUAAACAAAGUCAAAGGACCAAGAUCCUUUGAAGAAAUUAGAACUGUUGAUGGCCAGUUGUUUCCAACCUUCAGGGAUGCAUGUUAUGCUAUGGGUUUGUUAGACGAUGACAUGGAAUACAUCGAAGCUAUUAAAGAAGCGAGUUUUACGGGAGAUGGUCGUUAUAUUCGUGCAUUGUUUGUUACUUUGCUGUUGUCAAACACAUUAUCAAGACCUGAAUUUGUUUUCGAACAAACAUGGAAAUACUUGGGGGAUGACAUUUUAUACAAAACGAGAAAAGAAACAAAGAACAAAGAUCUUGUAAUGUCAGAUGAGAGAUUGAAGAACAAGACAUUGGUGGAGAUUGAGAAGUACCUCAUUCGAAAUGGGUCCUCUUUGACACGAUGGCCAACAAUUCCUUAUCCUGAUUACGAUUCGUUUGCUGUUGGAAACAAUCAUCUGGUUGAUGAAGAACUGUCUUUUAAUGUUCCUCAGAUAAUGACAGCCGUUGAAGGCGACAAAGGAGGUGUAUUUUUUGUUUACGGAUAUGGAGGAACGGGGAAGACGUUUUUGUGGAAGACGUUAGCCUUAACCGUUAGGUCGAGAGAGCAGAUUGUUUUAAAUGUGGCUUCAAGUGGUAUUGCUUCACUUCUAAUGUCAAGAGGUAGAACGGCUCAUUCUAGAUUUCACAUCCCCAUAAAUUUAGAUGAGAGUUCUAUGUGUCACAUAAGGCCCGAUGGUGAUGUAGCUUAUCUGCUUAAACAAACUAGGUUGAUUAUAUGGGACGAAGCACCCAUGGUACAUAGACAUGCGUUUGAAGCUUUAGAUAGAACAUUAAAAGAUAUUUUUGUCGAUAAAAGCAAUUGUCAGUCGGAUGUUUUGUUUGGAGGUAAGGUUAUCGUUUUUGGUGGUGAUUUUAGACAAAUUCUUCCUGUUAUUCCAAACGGAAGUAGGCAAGAAAUUGUUAACGCUUCGUUGAGUUCAUCCUAUAUAUGGCCCCAUUGCAAGUUACUUACUUUGACCAAAAACAUGAGAUUGACUGUUGGUGUUUUACCAUCUACAGUCGAGUCGACAAAGAGAUUUGCCGAAUGGCUUCUUGAUAUUGGCGAGGGUAAAGUUGGAGGGGACAAUGAUGGUGUAGCAACUGUAGAAAUACCAUCUGAUUUGUUAAUCACAGAUUCUUUGGAUCCCAUCGAAAGUUUAAUUCAAUUUGUAUAUCCAUCUGUUCUUGAAAGAUAUAAGGAUCGAGAUUAUUUUUCUGAAAGGGCGAUUCUGACACCAAAAAACGAGGUGGUACAUGAAAUAAAUGAUCGACUACUAGAAUUGUUUCCUGGUGAACCAACAGAGUACCUGAGUUCUGAUAGUAUAUGUGCGACGGAGAAAGGUAUCGAUUCAUUCCAACAAGAGUUGUAUUCUCCUGAUGUCCUUAAUGGUUUAAAGAUAUCUGGUUUACCUAAUCAUCGUUUGGUUUUAAAACCUGGAGUUCCAAUUAUGCUUCUUAGGAACAUUGAUCAGCAAAAUGGUUUGUGUAAUGGUACAAGGUUACAGGUUACAUUUCUUGGAAAGAGGGUUAUAGAAGCUGAAAUUAUAUCAGGUGCUAAUGUCGGAACCAGAACAUUCAUACCAAGAAUUAGCAUGAUUCCCUCCGACAAAAAAAUUCCUUUUGCUUUUCAAAGACGACAGUUUCCUGUUGCUGUGUGCUUUGCUAUGACGAUCAACAAGAGUCAAGGCCAAUCUUUAUCUAAGGUUGGAUUGUUUUUAAAAGAGCCCGUUUUUACACAUGGCCAGCUAUAUGUAGCAUUAUCAAGAGUUAAAUUAAGGGAAGGUGUGAAGAUGUUAAUUCUUGAUAAGGAUGGCAAACCUACCAACACAACAACUAAUGUGGUUUACAAAGAAGUGUUCACACACUUAUGA